AACUGUACAUCGGUGUUCGUAGUGAGUUUAGUGUGAGUAAAUAUGAGCGUAUUUUCAAUAGGGGAUGAACUUUGACGAGUAAAGUUGCCCGCCCGCAACUUCAAAGUGGCGCUGCAGUGGCAGUUGGGUGAAGUCGGAGCGCGCAUUCAGUGUGGGAAGCUAGUCAGUGAGAGUGUGUUGGUCGAGGGGAGUGUGGCAAGACGAUGAAGUGUGCAAGCGAUUCCAUGUCUCUGACAAUUCAAAUCCUCGUUAUUAUCACAUCCUACCUCGCAACAGAAGCGAUCAUGCGGUUCUCGGUGGAACUACGGCUGCCACGUUACGUAAAACUGGGUGACCAUGCUGAGCUGUACUGUGAUUACAACGUUCGUGAGGACCAGCUACACCGCGUAGAAUGGCUGAGGAACGGAAAAAAACUUUUCCAGUAUGUGAAAGGACGCACUCCACCGUUCCGGAAUUUUACCAUACCCGGAGCAGAACUUGACUUGGAAAAAAGCAACGAGCGGCAGAUUCUACUCAAGAACAUGCAAUUUGAAUCAUCUGGCAGUUAUUCAUGCGAAGUCUCCACUCAGACGCCUAUCUAUACCAAGCCGUCCAACGACCACGAGCUGUUGGUCAUUGAGACGCAGCGAGAUCCACCUGAGGUGCUGAUACCGAAGUCCGCUUAUCAGGUGGGAGAAAGAUUAGAGGUCAACUGCACGUCCAGCCCAGCACGGCCCGUAGCCGACAUCACCUGGCUGGUCAACGGCAUACCCGUCAAAGAAGAUCAUCUGAGAUUUUUCCACAGUCGCGACCGUAAGCGCCUGACAGCGCAACUCAGUCUCGUCAUCAUGGAACGCGACGCUGGACCAAAAGGCCGCUUGGAACUCACGUGCCUCUCCACAAUCCCGGCAUUCCGCGCGUUAGAGCACAGCGAGUAUGGUGAUCUGAAGACCACUUCAAUAACAGUGGACAUCGAGGUACCGCAGUCUGGCAGCCGUGCUGACUCCUGGUUUGUGCUCCUGUUGACCGCGUCUCUCUUCAUCUUCCUGAGGUGAAAAUUUCACGACCAGUGAGUGCAUCUGCGUCAUUCAUGCUCCAUUAUAUCUUGGCGUUAACCCAAACUGUUUAGCUCCCAUUGCUGUCAAGAUUUCAUAAUGUGAGACGUAGACAAUUCGUUUUUAUCUUGAGUUGUUAGGCUGGCCAGUUGUGAAUAAAUCCAAGUCCCCACAGGAUUCGUCUCUUCAUCUCAUAGGAACUGUAAGACAUCGCAAGACGAAAGUGUGAAGAACUGGUGCAGAGAAUAUGCAAAACAGUUUUUUGUCAGCUGUGUAAUGCUUUUCGAUUAAUCUGUUUUCAGUUGACUCUAUUUUUGAAUAUCUGUAUUAUUUUUUAUAUUAUUUUAUAUCAUAUUCUUAAAACGGUUACACGCCUGUAUGAGAGUUGAGAUUCUCACAGUUGUAAAGAUAUCUAUGUUGGUUUUCCGGUAUGUAACGCUGUGUGGACAUAUAGGAAGAAAUCACCGGUUUGGAGAAACGUAUUCUCUCCAUUAUCAGCCCUGAAAAUGGGGUAUAAAUAACAGUCCAAGCUGCGUUGCUACUGAGAAGACCAACAUUGAUAGGGUAAUGCCUCACGAUUUUUCGAAUGACAUCUUACACUGUCUGUUAUUUCUUUGUAUGGACACUUAUAGCAAAGAUUUGGUAGUUGAUAGGAAAUUAACGUUGAAAAGGAAAUAUUUUAUGUAAGCAAUUCGUGUUCAAAUACGUUAGUUCUAACCGAAGUCAUCAGAUUUUAAAACCAUAGCAGACAUGAUAUUUUCAGAGCUGAAUAACAUGAUGAUUUUAGUGAAAAUUCGAUUUGAAAUUAAUUUUGUUGACGCAUAUAGUAUUGGAAGUAAAAUAUAUUUUCCUUAAGGAAAAUUAAUGUUAUAAAAGUGUAGUACAUUUAACUCGUGCGUCUUUCUCAGAUUUAUUGUCAGAAAUUAGAAAAACGAAGCAGGAAAAAUAUCCGUAAUUAAUUAUCUCAAUAGACUUGAACAUAAUUUUCUAUUCACAUAUACGUGCUUCUGGGGAGGAAUAUUUUAAUGUGUUUUAAAGUAUUUGUUAAUAGAUUUUCUUUACAAGUCAAGACACAACAACGCAAACGGUGUGUAGAGAAUACAAAUAAAAUAUGUAAUUAAUAAAAUUCAGAUAUAUUCAUUAACAUCCGUAAAGAAAUCAGCUGGAAAUUUGGUAAUUAUUCUACGUUGUGGCAUACUAAUGAUAUGCAGAAGUACAUUAUACUGCUCUGACUACAUAUUAACUGAGGUUUGUGGUAUUGAUGAUGUCGUUAUUUAUAUUAAGGUAAAAUACAGUUGUGAAUGCUCUGGUCUGUUUACUAGUUUGCGCUGCCAGACCACUAAAUUUGGAGGAAUACAAAAGAAACAUUUUACUAUGUAACACAACAGCUGCAUAAUAGUAAACAGUAAUAAUUAUAAUCAGUAUCUUAGCAUUGUGGUACGAAUGUUGGGGGGAUUUAAUAAAAUUGCAUUUCUGAAACACGUGACCUAUAGACAAUGAUUCUUUACUGGUGAUGCAUUUGAUUAGAAAACAUUCCACAAACAAUCUUUAUUGACUGGAGUCCUUCACAUUUGGGAGGUUUUUAAAUAUGUUUGGACAUCUGGUAGGACUCCUUGGACAAGUGAUCAGACCAUCGCAAGGUAUCUCUACCGACAAAGGACACAGGAAACAUAUCCAUGCUUUGCGGUGGAUUCGAACCCACGCCCCAGACCGUGCGGCCACUGUGACGGCCGCAUAUCCACAUAAUUGUUUCCUGCAAAACGGCUGAAAACUUAGCGGCUACAUAAUUUUGGCUUCUCUUCGAAUGAGCUGUGCAUGUGUGAAGUGCUUGGUACAUUUUUCGGUUUCGUAUUCAACGAAAGUGCUUUAUAAAUUAUAUAUGAACGAACCCAUAUAUGUCCACAUAAUAUUGUUUAUAUUUUAUCGUAUAAAAAUAUCAGCAACAAUACGAACUGUCCUCCAGAGAAACCAACAGACUAGGCGUGGCUGGUAGGACAGAAGAUGUCGCAGAGUUAAAAAUGAAAUGGGGCUAGAAAAUGUCGGUCCCUUCCUAGUCCUAUACUACCCGUUUAGUUUUUCAUUCCAUGUGAACUAACACAGCUUUUAAAGUAGUGUAUAUGAAAUAUAAGAUUAUAAGUGUUUGCAUUUUGCAUUUUAUAAUAAAGACUUCUCUGUCUUGCUAAUAAUAUUGAAGGACAGUAUUAAACUCUAUUAGAUUUAAUUUGUAUUAAACGAAAAUUUAAAAACUAUACAACUACAGAUCUUAUAGAAACAUCGCAUAUAGGGAUUUCCUCCUAGGAAAAUAUUUACUGCUCAUGCGCAGAAGCUGAACUAAAGGUUCACCUCAGCGCUCACGCUACUACAAGCUCGCCGUCUGUUGUUCUCUCUCGUCGACAGGCAGGUUGAAACAAAGGUGCAGUGCUAGUGCCACACUUUCUGUGAGUACUUCGUAAAAACCAAUGUAAGUAUAAUCUGCUAAUUCUGCUCACCAUAACAAUUAUGUUCAUUUAGCACGAACAUUGAUACCUUUUGUGUUCUCUUUUACUGGGAAAGUUUGGAGAAACUUUCCCCAAGAGGGAAAAAGGACUCAGCGCUCUGCCUAAUGCAGCGGGAUUUAUAUUCGUCAUCUUGUGUUUGUGGCCCGUCAUUUCUUAUGAAUGAACAACUUUCACAGCAGAAUGCACAAAAGUAAAGAUUAUAUAAUAUAUACUACAAUAAAUAAUUGUACUCGUAUCUGAUUUAGCGGUACUUCUUUUUGAAAGUGGAUACCAAAUGAUGGUACAGAAACUUGACUGUUACAAAUUCAAAUAUGUUGCCAGCCAGCCGAGGUACGAGGAGAGGACCGUUAAGCUGUAGUGGAUUUGGCGUCUAGCUAUCUCUCUGUCCUUUCUAUAUUCCCUUCUCUUCUGUGAUGUAGCUCAGGCUCGGAAAUCUCUUGCAUCCAGUAUAUUAGCAAUAAAAAUUACGUAAUAUUAAUCAACGUGAAUUUGAAAUAAUUGUUGAAACUUAUACAAAGUAUCUACGUUAAUAACUUCAUGAAACAUAGCCUCAAUUUAAAAGCUGGUAGUCGCUCAGCAAGUCAGAUAUUUUGUUGCCUUUUUUUGGAAAGAAAAUGUGCAUUACCGUGUUCACAAGAGCCGUCACCGGUCCCGAUUCUGAGUAAAAUUAUUACAGUUCACAGCCUCACAUCCUGUUGCUUCAAGAUCCUUAUUAAUUUUACACUAAUUUAUGCCUAAGCACCAAAAUUCGCAGCUAAGUGAUCAGCAUUCCCGCUUCGUUAUCGGGAGACCCCGGCUUCAAAUGUAAUCUGGAAGACAGAUUGUUCCUGAUUUCCCUUAGUUCCCUUACGUAAAUUCGGGGAUUAUACUCACAAGAACUUUUUCAAAUACCCUUAAUCUUAUUAUUCUCUGCAAGAGAUUUCCAAGCUUGAGCUACAUCGCGGCUUGAAUGGAAGGGGAUAUAGAAGGGCAAAAGCGAUAGCAAGAGAUUCGCUACAGCUGAACGGUCUUCCCAUGGCACUCCCUACCAGCAAACAGGUGCAUUUUUAACGGUCAAUUAAGCGUAGAACACCUUCGUACAAGUUGUUAUACCAUCAUCUGGCACCAAGUCAUAAAAAAUCACGUUUAAGUCACCAGAGUUUCUGACUUUUAUGCUAAUAAGGUUUAACGAUGUUCUGUUUUGAUUAUGAAUCCUGUACAACGCAAUGAAAAUAUUCUAGAAAUUACUUAUUUGUCAUGGCGAUAGAAAAUGUUUGCAAGCCAAUGUUUAGUCGCUAAUGACGUAGUCUGGCACUGUAACCUACACGAGCCAGUUUCAAUUAAUUGCGUGUAAUUACCGUUAUUUUCACGUGUUCUUAGGACGUUAACAUCGGCGAAGAAGCGCACGUUUUUUAGUAACUGUUUCGUUUAAAGUAAGGGAGGUAGUUGUUUUUAAAAUCCAAGUCUCGCAUAAUAUUACACAUGAUUCCUAUUACUCGUGUGUUUAUGUGAACUUUUUACUCACGUACUACUUUAGCUGUACUUGUAUUAAAUGGAGAAGCCGUGAUGUAAGAAUUGCAGUUAAAUUCUCUUGGGCUUACAUCUGCCGUCUAGUGGUUAACCUGUUAACAUAAUAUUUUAAAUGUCACAAUGCGAUCGUACCCGUCAUCUAAAAAAUUAAAAAUUUCCUGGGCAAAUAAGUGAUUGACGAAAAAACGUCUUCUGAAGCCAGUCGAGAACAAGGUGUAGGGUAAUGUGUGUAAGAAAACUAACUAGAAUUUAAAGAUUGAACACAUAGGGAUGCACUUUUAAGGAAGAAUUGCUGAACCUAUUUCAGUUCACAGCUCAAUAAAGAGAGAAGACAGGAGAACAUACGAGGCUAUACAAAUAUAUUAAAAUGUAGUAUUUUUUAAAAGACAAGAAUGCUAGUGGAGUUCAUGCAGACAUAAAGUAAUUUCCGCAUUGAAAAUAUAAAUGUUGUUUUAAAUUUUCUGCAAAUUUUUUCAUGUUGAUUAUACACCCGUGAUUCAAAAUUACUUUCUUUGAUCAUACACUGAAACACUAUGAAUCAUACAGACAGACGGUAAGUGUUUUUUAAAUAUAGUAUAUAUUUUUCUUUCAUAUCUUGUAUUUGAACUGCAAUUUAAUAAAUAAUUGAGAAGAUUUAAUUUUGUUAUAACUUACUAUAAUAUUACUUAUUAAACAAUUUAAUUUAAUUCCAUAAUAAUAUGUUUUUGAUAUUAAUAUAUAACUCAGAUGUAUUUACAUGUUACGAUUCUGUCAUUGUCACUUAGGUUAACAUUUACAAAAUUAAUCACUCACUUUAAAUAUUAUUCUGUGUUUCAAACUCAAGCUGUAGACACAUUUCCGCCAUACUAUACUAGAAAUAGAAUCUUACUACUGAACUUUUUUCAGAAGUUCAAAAGCUUUUACGUGAUAUGUUAUAAUGGUUCAGUCAAGUUGCAUUUGUACAAAUAAGUUAUAAUAAGAUUCCAAUCUGAUAUCCUUUUAAUGUCGUGUAUUAAAAGCUUCAAGACCAAUGGAAACAUACUAAUGAGCUUAUAUAAAUAUAUAAUAGUUAUAUUUAUAUACCGUAUAUGUAUUUUUGCUAAUGAAAUUAGCAGAUAUUCUGUGUAAAUUUUCAUAUUUAAAUCUCCUACUUGAGACUUCUUGCAAUCAAUUUCAGCUUUAUACAGAAUGUGUCUGUAUGCUAACCCUAUUAUACUAUAUAGUAUGCACUUUCUGGAGUUAACUGAUAAGUCGGAAAACAAUAACUCUUCCAUUUGUUUGCCGCAUGAAUUCAUGUUUAAAUUAAAGCAUCAGACUGGGAGUUACUUGCGAUUCGUAUUGACUGCUGAUGUCUAGAAAUAAACCAGAUAUUUGAAGAAUUGCGUGUUUGUUUUUACCACAUUAUGACUCUUGACACGCAUACAAUAAUUGCUGAUCUGGUCUAUUAUUGUUUUUAAAGAAAUUAAUAUUUGUUAUCAGUUUUUUAAAGCACAAAAUUAGAUGAUAUAAAGUUCAUAUCUCAGAAGAUUUGUGUCUUCUGGGUUGUUGCGAUGUCGCCCUGAUGACGGAGGCAGUAUGACCUCUGAAACGUUGGUUAACAUCGACCAUACUACACGGUGCAACAACCCAGAAGACAGAAAUCUUCAUACUCACCGCUGUGAAAACCUCAAAUCCUUCAUAUCUCUGCAUUAAGACUCAGACUCAGAGUUAUUGUUAUGAUCAGUUUACGAAAAAUAGUGUUACUCUAGUGUAUAUUAAUGUUCACAGAAGUUAAUUGUUUUAAUGUGUGUGAAAUUAUAAUUUAACUCUCGCUUCUUCAUAACUGGUUUCUUAUUUAGAGUUCAAAAAUAAAAGUUAUUUUAAGUAUACUUAUCAUUGGUCCGAACUACAAAAUAUUCAGAUGUUCUUCGUAUGUAAUUAUGAUAUUAAUUUUCCUACAGGGGAAGCUUAACAAAAAUUAAUGUAUGUGAUUUUAUGAUGUGUCUAAAAUUCGGCUGUCUGUUUGAAUUUAGCUGUGAAAAUUGAUCUACUGAUAUGAUCAAUGUGUUAUAUGUUGGCGGUUUAGGUAAUUAAGUGUUCUGAAACAAAAUUUUGUUUAUUAAAUGUUAUAAUAUAGUGUUAAAUGUAUUUCCCUGCUGAUAAAAUCUAUUUUCUCUUAUUAAUAUUUAUUCUUGUUUACUUUCGUAAGAGCAUUCUGUUCCUGCAUUGACAAAAUGUCGCUCAAAGCCAUUAUAACUGUACUUAAUGGAUACUGCUAUUACUUACGGUUGUAGCUACACAUUUUGUUGUGUUUGGUGUUGAAAGAAAACAUUGCUUUGGAUGUCAGAAAAUAAAGCUUUGUAACAAAACACUUUUAAUUAAAAAUUUGUAAGAAUUAAUAACGGCUUGUGUACCGUCUUUCUUAAGAAUAUACACUUCAGUAAAUUUAUUGUUCCCUUGAGAUAGACAGGUUCAUGUAGUUAAACAUAUUUAAAGUCAUUUAUAUGCAGAUUAUUGUUAUGCUAUUUCUAACAGUGUUAUUUUUCCCAUAUAAAUGUAAAUUUACAAUUGAUCGCCAUUGGUGGUCUGUAAUAUGCCCAAGGCUGAACGUUAUGUGACAUCUGUACAAAUAUAACACUAUUGUUUGUUGAAUAUAUUUCAUUUUAGUUAUCAUCAGUAUGAUCAUCACAUUACAAACAAAAUGCUUUGGUUUCAAGCGUAUGGAAAAGUGCUUAUAAUUAAACCACACGCGCACGCCUAUGAUUUAUAUUUGUGUCUUUGUGCGAGAGGCAGAAAGAGAGAUGAGGAGACCUGAAUCAUGCUCUAGGUUUGUAAUUCGUUCCUGUAUGUUCGUGGAGAAUCAAUUUUGAGUCAUGAAUAACAAUGACAAAUAUUUAAGUUAUUACUCAGAAAUACAAGAAAUUUCUAAUAAAUGUACAAAUAUUUAUCAUACGUGAAAUGUUAACAUAAAAAAGUGUAACAGCCUAUCAACUGGGAUUUAUAAAAUUAACGACUAAUGUUUCCCAACUGGAGCUUAAUGAAUGUAAGGAAAACAGUUUAUUGCGACUUUGUCAAAUUAAACAAAAGCGAUUUAAUAGGAGAAAUAUCCCUUUAGCGAGAUCAUAUUUAAAUGUUUUUUAAUGACAGUUAUGUUUGUUGAAGUCGUUAACUUUUAAGAGUGUUGAGUAUGUACGUAUUUACUUUAUAUAAUGUGGGAUGAAUGCAUUGAUGUUGAUUUUAAGGGUUGUGUGAAGAAAUAUUGUUGUAUAAGUUAAAAAACAUGUGUGCUUGUUAGUAAUUGCUAAUUUAUUGCUAUAUAUUUCUUAGUGGAAAUGUUGUAGUGUUAGCUUUUGGAGUUAGCUAUAGAUUGAUUACUGUAAACCAAUUACACCUUUUGAGUUAUGUGGCAUCCGUGUAUGAGCAAGUAUUUGUCUACUCGUUUAAUCAGAAAACCACGCAUGAUCGUAAGUUAAGCUAAAGACAAUCACUUGUUCGUGCAAUCUUCCCGAGUGUACUUCAGUUAAAGACUGUGUGCCACCGCUAUUGGAGCAAUGAAAAUGUUCAAACAGGCUUACAUUAAUAGUUGGAUGAAGAUGGCAAAAAUAUAAUGGAUAGCAUCAGCUGCUAUAUUUGAAGAAAGCAUAAUUUUAGGCCUCUUGUAUCCCACUAUCUCUCAAGAAAAAUACAGUCAUUAGAAAAAUAAGAUACCAAGUUUCGAAGUUAAUAAAUAUACGUUAAAUUAUACCAAAAAUCUCUACUGCCGGUGUUAACAUUAUAUUGGAAGUGACUGUCUCAACUUACGUAAAAUAUGGCCACUGUGUAUUUGGUAAUAAUUUUUUUUGAAAUUUAUAUUGUGUAAAGGAUGUUUUGACGUGGCAUCAACGCUAUACUAUAUCAGUACACAGAACAAGUAUAAUUCUUUAUAUGAAUAUUAUGCUGGGAAUUGUCCAUUGCCUGAGGUACGUUUGAUAUACAUGACAUUUCGAAAAUUGGCUGUAGUCCUGGUGUGAUUUGUUGUCAUUACACUGACAAGUUUUUCUAAACGUUUAAUAAACUAUUUGAAUAUAUUACAUUUUUAUUUACAAUAAAAGUGCAAUACGUAUGUAUAUAACAAAAAAUAUUAAAUGUAGUAUAAGUUUAAGAAAUAUAAGUUUGGAAACAACGAAUCCCCUGAAGAUGAUAGUGGAACGAGUUGUCAAAAUCUUGUCUGUACCAAAUAUUGCCUCAGACAAUAUAACUUUUCGAAUCGUAUAAUGAAUCAGAUAUUGACGUACAUUUUUAUCAAGUCAAGUACAUUACUUUUCAAAUGAAGUAAAUUUGAAAAUUUUGUGCUGGCAGAGUGAUUGGAAAAGUAUUCGUAAAUUUAACAGGAAUUCUAUACGCUGUGAUGACAACAUCGGAAAAUUAUGUGAAUUAUAAAUAAUACAAGACCGCGAAGAAGCAAUCAUAAUCUUUGAGAUCUGAGGUUUUCAUGUGUUAUGGUGUCAUUUACUCUUUUUGGUGAUCUCCGCCGUUUUGGAGGAAUGUACUUCUUCCAUUUUAAGGUCAAGCCUGUAGAUAAUACAUAUUCCAAAUGUUAGUAACCACAUACAAGAUUUUAGUUGAUUUUCUUUUGGAUUGUAACGCCGCGUUGACUCAUAAGUCGAUACGAACGUUUCACAGAAACAUUCUGUUUCAUGUUUGAAGCUGAUGAAGGACGCAGGAAGCGCCUCCGAAACGUUGGUCGUUGUCUGAAAGGCGACACGGUGCAACAUCCCAGAAGACAGUCAACUUCAUUAAGUGCUAAUGUAGGAGAUCUUCAGUAAGUCAUGAGAUGAGUCAUCACAUUUGAACCUCUAAAAAUAUGAAUUAAUUCAAUAAAGUUUUGGCGUAUAUUUCAUUCCAUACUGCGUCUGUACAGUACUCUGGUAUCUUAUAAAAGUUUUAAUUCCGGUACUAUUCUGUAUUUUACAUGUGUUGGAGGAAGCAUCUAUUUUCUAUUCACACUACACGGAUAUGUACAUCCUAUAGCAUAGCCUUUUAUUGUAACUGGAAUGAAUUGUACCGUUCACUUAGUUGGCCUGUUACUAAUGACGGAAUACGACCACAGAGUAAGGACACAAUUGACGAGAUACCUCUUCUUUGUUCUUGUAGAUAUUGAGGCUAAUAUAAAAUUGAUAAAAGUCUACGUAAUCUUAAAACCUAGUCUAAGUAGUUCAUCUCAUGAGAGAAUUGUUCGUGUGCUGUUAGAAAACAAUAUAUUUAUAAAAUCGCUAUAAAUCGGCCACUGCUAAUUCAUGGCACUUGAUUGCUCUUUAUAAUAUUUUCCAGAGUCAUAUUAAUUCAUGUGACACGUAAAGAUGGAUGCGUGAUGAAACUGAAUAAUUUUAUGUACCAUUUGAAUUUAUAUUUAAACUGAUACUUCACUUCGUUCUGGCUAACAUUUAGCAAACUUUCUUUACCUAUCGCCUUGAAGCCUAUAUCUGAAAUUUACGUAAAGGUAACAAAUUAUUUUCAACUUUAACUCACGAUGUAUCGGGACUGACCCAUUAUUCCUUGUGUGAUAUUGUGAAAAAGCUUCUGUCCUGCAUUCGAUAUAUCUGUAAAGCAUGAAUUUGAAUGUAUGUCUGAUACCGUGCAAUAUAUUUAUAUAUUUAAGUAAUUUGGGGCAACGCGAGUCAGAUGUUAGCUAGUUGGCCUGCAGUUGAUGUAUAUUGUAGUGAUUCAGACGUAUUUAAUAAUAUUUUUGGCUUGUAGCCCGGAUUAUGAAUGACAUGUACAGGAUCAGUAGGCUUCGUCCAAUUAGCUUUAAUGCAUUAAAGUAAUGCUCAAGUUUAGGGUGCGUUUCAGGAUAAACUCAACACAAAUUUGAGAUCUUCAUUAUUCAAUGAUAUAAGUGUAUUAAUCAUAAACAGAUAGUUAAAACGUUUCCUGCGCUUUUGGAUAAUAGAUACUGCAUUUGUUAAUUUCCUAGAAAGGAACAUGCAUCUUAGCUCUUAGAAUGCCACAGAUUCCCACAGUUUAUCUAAGUUACGUUUUAUUACAAUCUGAGAUUGUUGUUGCAGUUUUGACCACAACUAAUAUUUCGUUGAAAAAAGUGGCGGCUUUAGAAGGGAAACAUAACACAGUUGGUUUAAACGUAGUAACACUGCCAUAAUAUGGUCUGUUAAGAUACAGUAUUAUUAGGAUAUGGAUAUUAUUGAAUAAGUAAAAAUCUUAUGUGUCUAAUUAACAUGUUCAUCUAAAGAAGCAAUGGCAUAAGAAGAAAUUUAUUUUCAAGAAUUACCAUAUUUUUAAAAUACUCUUCUAUUUGUAAAAAUAUUUUUCAAUUUUAUGAUUCUGCUCCAUGGGUCGCCAACGUCGUUCACUAAGAAAACCUUACAACAUUUUUGAGGCACCCUUUUAUUCUGCAAAUAAAUAAUUAAUUAAGGAGAGCUAUUAACUACUAUUAAUUUGAUUAUGAAUAUAUUUCUGCGUAGUGUUCAUAUUUUGGACGUUUCCAAGUCACUAUUUCUUGCAUGCUUCAUAACAAAUGUAAAAAUAUACAUUAGAGCGAAAGUAACUUCCUUAGAAAACGUCACCAUUAAUUACGCUCAGACCCUUGCUUAGUAUUUGACAACUAUCUAAAUGUUUAGAAUCCUUGGUAUGUUGCAGAUAUUCAGUUCAUAGAGCUGAAAUAAUCACGUACUUUGCGACCACUAGCGAAAUAUUGAGAAAUUGUUAUAAAUAUUCUAAACUUCUCACGGACACCCAUUAACCCUCCCGAUGGCACCAAUGUUCCAUCGGAAAUAGACGUGCGGCUGGCGAUCCUUGGUCUCGUACAUCAGCAUACAAGAAACAUUUCCUUACUAGCCGCCACUGUACACAUUAUCAUAGAAUCCUUGCUUAAAAUUGUUUGUAAAUUCAUAUUAGAGCUUAGCCGGAGGUAUAGAAACUUGACAACAAAUUUAAAUUCGCGUCCGCGAUGUUUCCUUUACAUUCAUAUCUGAAGCCGGCUGUAGAAUAUGUCUAUCUGCUGUACAUGUAGUACAUUUCAGAUCGGGCCAUGCAGACGUAUGCUUACCUCAUCAUAGACGUCAUUUGAAUAGUCUUAAUAGAUGUAUUUCUAAAGGCUUUGUAUUUGUUAUAUUUUCAGAUAUUUUGCGGGACACAUUUCAUAAUAUCGAUGUGGAAACGAACGUGUUGUGGUACUGCUGUGAGAAUUUUAUGCUCUCUGCAAAAAUUAUUCCUCAGUACGGUUCCAGUUCUGUGUUGUCUGCUAUGAACUAUUCAAAUCGUUGCCUUUAGAUGAAUAUUCUUUUUAAUAUCCAGUAGACUUAAACACUUGUUUUAUGCUGGUGAUGUGUAGGUCCGUUCCUGAAAGAAAAUUUUGUCGCAGGCAUUCAAACCUUUUUGUGAUUAUUUGGAAUUUAGGUGAGUUUUGUAUUUUUAUUUACUGUUUCCAUAACUGAAUCCAUUUUUCUGUCAAAACAUCAUUGUUUAUUCUUUGUAUGUAACGACCAUUAGGAAGAGAGCAUUUUUACGAUUGUUCUUCCUAAUAUAUUCUACUCGCUCGCUCUAAAUAUAUCUCCUGGAAAUUUAUGCCACACAGUGUUGUUCGGUAUUUUUCGUGUGUCUUCUGUUGUUGUCAGUAUUAUUUGAACAUAGCAGGCCUAUCUUAUUUAGAUAACAUGUGGGUGUGUAUGACAUCUAGUCUCUGUGAAAACAUUUGUCAGAGACAUUUCUUUCGCGGUUAUAUUUAUGCUGUUUACAGUUCCUUCCCAAUUACGUGCGGUCAUAUUAUUGGCGUUGUUCGAUUAUAUUGUUUCUAGUAUUUUUGUUUCAAUGACGUAACUGAUACUCAUAGCGUUCAUAUUCCUGUCUCAGAGCCUGCGAUUAAGGGAAGUUGUGUAUAAUUGACCUGAAAAUGACUCUUAACAUUCGUAAUACCUCAUCUAGUUUAUCGGUUAGGUUAUUUCAUAAAAAACCCACCAAAAUGUAAUUGUUAACCUGAUAUUUAAUUCCCAAGUUUGAUAUUUCAAAGUUUGAAAUUGUUAUUGUUAAUAAAUCUCUAGAUAUUAAUUUAUAAAAUUAGGCAGUUGUUAGGGUACAGAAAGCCAUUUCUUCACAAAUGUCUCCCUUAUUUAAAAAAAAUAAAAAAUACUAAAUUUGGUGCGCAGCAGUAGUGGUUUGUCUCAAGGAAUCUAUUGUAGCUAAGUAUUUUUGUGUUUAUCUGGAAUAGUUUUUGAGUUAUGACCUUUAUGCUAGCCUUUUUUUUAAGAAAAAAGAAGCAAUGUCCGAUUUUAUCAUUUUACUGGCAAGGUUCCGUUCAAGGACUCCACUCGGAAAGUGAUCAGGCAACUCUCCACCCCUUUUGCAGUUUAUUAUCGCUUACCAGAAGCCUAAAGUAGAGAGAGAGAAGAGUUUCUGUGUAAUCAUUAACUGUCUUCAGCAUACAGCAAAUGGGCCAAAGAAAUAUUACAGGUUACGUUCUUUCACAUAACAGAAAGAAAUCAAAGCGAUGUUCUAAGGCUGACAGACUACAGCAUGCUAAAACUGUCCCUGGUACAAAGCCACCAUAAGUUUGUGUCUAUCAACGAUAUAUCUCUUAGUUGGUAGAUGGACCUGUGUGUACCAAAAAGUGUCACAAGAAAACUGAUGUUCAGCACACUAUAAAAAUAAGAGUUUCUUGAAAUAUAUGUAUAUUGGUUUUUAAUUGAAAGUGAUUUAAUCAUUGUGUUUAUACGGUUUGAAGCGUGUUUCAUUUCUGUUGUCUUUUUACGAGGAUAUAUUUCUUGCUUACAAAUUUAAAAAUUAAUAUUUUAUCGCGCUAGUAAAAACAGCCCGUUUUAAAUUAUGUCGUAGUGUAGUCCUUUGUUUGUACUGCGUAGAUGUUUCAGCUUUCUAAAUAUAAUCCCACAUUGUUUUUCUUAUUGUUUUAAACAAGGGUGGUUCAAUGAAGGUAACACCCAAAUUAUUGCAGUUAUGUACAUAAAUUCCGUAUCAACCGAUUCCUUGAGGAAAACUAUUUCUGAACACCGAAUUUUGUAUUUAUGACUUUUUCGAUAAUGGAGAUAUUUAGAUAUUUUUGGAGAAAAUGGCUUCCGCGUUACGAAAACUGUCUAAUUGCAUUAAUUAACAUCUUAGAAUUUAGUCUCAAUGUAAAACUUAAACUUUGGUAGAAGCUUGCACUUCGUGGAUAUUAAUUUGUAAAAUAAAAAAAUAUAGAAAUUAGUGUGUACGUGGUUGACAGCACAGUUUGAUUUGGCAUGGAAUAGCCCUGUUAUGUUUUCAAGAAAGAUCUUGAACAUCAUGAUAUUUCAGGUUUUCAAGGCGGAUAAUACAAAGAUGGCUUCUUCUGGGUUGUUACACCAUGUAGUCUGGUAAACGUGUACUGAUGUUUGGAGGUUAUUGCUGCCACCUCCAUCUUCAGGGCUAUCAAUAACACGCGCGCGAGUUUCCGAUGUCCCAAACCGAUAUCUCGCGAGCGGCUUCCUUACUAAUUGUCCUGAUGAUGGAGGCAGCAAGGACCUCUGAAACGCCGAUAAACUUCUACCAGACUACAAGGCUAAACAACCCAGAAGACAGCCAUCUUUUACAGUAACAUCGGCUGAAUAUGCUGCAGUACAUAAUUUUCAGUGCGGUGUGUGAAUGGUUUCACUGUAGUUUUGUCGACCAUAGAAGAUCUGUUGAUAGUGACGGACUGACUGACUUAAUGUACAGAGGGGAUGGAGGAUAUAAACCCAUUCAUGUACACUGUUGUGCUUCUCCAUAUAUUAUUUUGAUCAUGUUCAUGACUUUCAUGUCAAAUCCAUAGCAAUCCAAAAUAAAUUACAAAUUGUUGUCUUAUAUUUUAUAAAAAGACUAUUUCAAGACCAAUUACAUUAUACGGCCGUCCCUUUCAGUUCUCUGUGAGCGAUCUCAUCUGGGAUUGUACUAGAAAUAUCCCCUGACGAGGUGUUGCACUUUGCUGGGUCCAUGAACCCCUGAAGGUGUGCCAAGUUCAGCUCGUGAUCGUAGUAAGUUGUAGCCCACGUGCAAUAUUGUUAUUGGUCUAAAGAAUCUUACCGUUUUUGGAGAGCCCAUUUAUCAAAUACACUAUAAUUCCAAUUUCUUUCAAUCUGUUGUAUCUUGAACUUUGAUUUCUUUCGUCAAAUAUUCUUCCAAGUCUCCUUUGAGAUUUAUUUGCGGUUCUUUGUCCCAGAAGUGUUCGUAUUUCAUUCUGUCGUGUUGGUGUCUCAUGGGCCAUUUUAUUUAUAGCAGUAUUUUCUUGUUUAUUGUCUUUCCUAAUGUGUCCAUGGUUUCUUUGCUGUUACUGUCUUGUUCCUUCUCUUUCUGUAUUCAACGAAGAUGUACAUGAAUCCCUGUUCGGGUUUAUUAUUCUCUUUCUCAUCAGGGAUGGCUGCAAUGUUUUCAUGAGUGAGUCGUUUUCGAUUAUGUGUUGUAGUUCCAUCUAAUAAUUAUAUAUAAUAAAUACAUGUAUUCUAUGGACGGUAGAUAGCUAUAGUUCUCAUACUUGCAGCUGUCAACUGUGAAUUUAAUAUUUUUUUUCGUUUCUGUGAAAAUGAUUUAUAUAUUCUGAAGUUUUAUGAAGUUUUAAUUAUUCGUACAUGCAUAGGAAUUGUUUUAUUUUGCUGUAUCAUAUCUGCGUCUGUUACAUCACUCCUUUAUGAAGAAAUAUUUUGUUUCUUUAAAUGGUUCUCCUACCACGUGAUGACGUCACAAUUGUCUUUUUCCACUUUGCGCCAGUUAUUGUAUUCUGUUCUGAAUCUUCCCUCAUCACCUCUUCUAAAACAAAAUUCUGUCGUACGAGAUGGUCUGACUUUCUAAUAUCUGAAUCAUAUUCUAUGCUGUAUUAACUAUGUAUCGCACUUCAACAAACUUAAUGAGGGUGCUUUGUUGUUCUCAUGAUGUCAACACGAAUUGUUUAUUGGCAGUCCCGGUGUUAGAUAAAUUUUGUGAAAUCUUCGCUGUCCACUUCAGUGUGUAAUUAUAUGACUCUGCCAUUGCGUCGCGUGUUAGUUACGCACGGAGAAUUGAUUAUAUCUCUCCUCCAGCCAUAACUCCUAUAAGCCGCUGUCGGCGUAGCGGUUGAUGUAUUUCUUUUGUUUCUUCUCAUUUGCUGGCAUUCUUGGACUGUGUAAUAUAAAUGGGUAAAAUAUUUCAUAAAAAACCACAUUCUUCGUGUCCCCAGCGCCAAUUUCCUCAUAACAUUACAGUGAGGCGCUCUUGUUGGCACUAUGGACUCUCAGUCGGUAUUACUUGUCCUUGCAUUUAUUAAUUCUAAAGCCCACAGAUGUCACAUGUUUCAUCAAAGCUUCCCAUUACCGGCAAAGUUAACUAAAUUUUUACGAAACGUCUGCAGCUUCCAUAAUGUUGGCAUUUCUUUAUGGUUCUCUAGCAUUCGUAAAACUUUCGUCAAUGUGUUUAUCCAUAUCAUCAGUUAUAUGUUGAUUUUCGUGUAACAUUUUACCUUCAUUACGACUUUUUAUUUAACUAUCCUUCGCUUUCGCCAUUAUGCCUUACUCCGUAUCUUGCAAAUAAUGUUUCCACACGUCCGCGCUGUUUAAAUGUAGGCCUAUUUCAACACCAUCUUUCUUCUCCAUUUCACAACAUUUUAUUACAUUGUAUGUAAAUUAUAGUUCUGGCUUUGGCCCGCAGACUGUUCUAAGCAUUGCGUCAUGACUAAUAGUUCUAACCUCGCUUUGAGGGUUCUUGGCGCUGUUGUAUAAUUAUAUUCCACCUUGUUCUUCUAAUACAAUUUUUAACACGACGGAAAUAUUUCCUGCGAAGCACCUAUCAACGUUUCUGUUUAAUGAGGUUUCUAUCUAUUAUUGAGGCAGGUUGUGCUUCCUUUUAAGGGUGUACGUCUCUUUCUCCUUCCAGCCUCCCUUAAAUUUAUUUUACACUUCAAUUUUGAGCUGACUUUGUGUUUUUCAUGCAGUACAGUUUUCUCAACGUACGCCUGAUCCUUUCAUUGUCUUUGUGCUGAAUAUUAUAGCGGCCGAUUCCGCUGUAGAUUGCCUGUCGUAUCAUUGCUCUCUUGUUUCGUUAUUGGAGUUACAGUCCUUAGGUACAGGAUAUGUAAGUGACUAAUCUGGAGUUGGUCUCAGGAAGAGACAAUACAACUCUCUUAUUCACUGGUGGUCCUACGGAUAGACAGCGUUACUGACUAAUUCACUGUAAGUUCUAGGGACAGACGAUGAUACUGAUUCACUCUUGGUCCUAGGAUUAAUCAAUGUUACUGAGUAAUUCACUGUUGGUUCUUCGGACAAGCCACGCUGCUGACUUUAUAACGGGACCUAGGGAGAGACAGCGCUACUGGCUGAUGCAGCCGUGGGUCCUAGGGACAGCCAAUGCCACUGGCUGGCUGGUCAUCCGUGGGCCCUACUUGCUACUUCUCUGCGGUAUCUGUCCAUGAUGUUUCAGCAGUUGUGUAGGUAAACUCUGGAGAUAUGUUCUUUGUGGAUAAUUAUGUAUAUGCAUUAUACUGAAUGAAGUUGUAGGCGUAGUACGCGCUGAUAAACGAUAUGUUUUCUUCUGUGUUCAGAUAUGAUGUGAUGUGUGAGCGCUGUACAUACUUUAUGGUCCUGAUUGACGUCGUCUUUCAUGUCCACGUACGUAGCGCUUGUGUGACCUUCCCCUUCGAUAAUUGUAGUUGCAAGUCGUUGUAUGCGGAUUUUUUUUUAUCUAGCAAGCUGCAAUUUAACUUCUCCACUUGGCAACGAAGAUCAGUUUCAGUGGUUUUGCUUCUACUUGUAAUAGAGUUACUUGAACACGACUUUGCAUUUCUUUGUCCGCUUUAGUGUCACACUUUAGGACCUCCUCCACUCUUCGUUACACUCGAAUCUCGGAUAUUAAAUUUCGUUUUAUGUGGUUAGAAACUAAUGGGUAUGAUUUGUGGUUGGAACAGUUGACGUCAUGUUCUUUGCUUAGAACAUUUUAGUAUAGAGAUUGACCAAGAAAAUUAUUGUCGUGGGAUAUUCCGUUACGUCCAUUGGAUGUUAUAAUACUAAUACGAAAAUAGGCUAAUGUUACUGAAAUGUUUUUAGACCAGUCUCUUUAACAUUUAGACCAAAAAACUAGUUCCAGAUUCCGUUGUCACAACAGAUACAGAGAGUUCUCUAGAUAAUGCAGCCGUGAACGAACAUUUCGCUUUGCGGGCCGGCGGCCCGACACAAUGGGGCGAGCGAGCGACUUAUUCGACUCACAAAAUAAGACUCCCUGUAUUACCACACAUGUCCAAUUUCCAUGGAGUUCGUUCACUAUUCAUAAUUUAUGAUAUUUUCAAUUAAUUUCCACCUAUAAUACUGUUCCUAAUAACACAUGCGUGAGGUGUCGCAGUUUGCAUGGCUCUGUGAAAUAGAUUUUAACAAUUGGCAUUCUUUAUUCCUUCUGUAAGCAAUUUGACUGUCUAUAAUUAUAACAUUCCAAACAAAAAGGGUCAAAGCUGACCAUCAGGCACUCAUGUCUUCCUGUAUGCUACUCAUGUCUAUUAUGAACUGUACUGUGAAGCAAAGUUGAAUUAUUUUGGUAAUACGUGUGCUCUUUAAUAUACUCUGUGUAUGUAUGUUUGUAUGUAUGUAUAUACAAUGUAAUACCUGUUUUCUGUGUUUCGUGUGUUGGAUUUCGGCGAACGUCGUUGAUAGCGAUGGUGGUGGUGAUUGCACAGAAUAAUAAAAGCAUCUUUGUUCAAUAGAAUUGGUAGUUUCUUUUUGUAUAUUCUGUUUCAUUGAAUGUGUGUAUUCAGUCACGAUAAGUAGACAGAAAAUAUAUAGAAAACUAUUAUCAGAAAGAUGCCCGAACGAAAAUUUCACGAUAGAAUUUGCUCGCCUCGGCAACUGAGCAAACAGCUCGAAGCUCUGACUGCAUUCAGAAUGUAUGUAUUUACUUAAUGGUUAUGAAAAAUCAAGAGUAUAUUUGUUAAAUCAAGUACUUCACUGAUAAAUAGAAACUAUUUCUUUAUACAUAGGUCUUAGGCCUCUUUGUUGAAGGAAGUUGCACAGCUGUGCUAGAAAACUGAAGAACCAGUUUCAUAGAUAAAUUGUAUAAUAUAAAUGUUACUGUUUAGUUAUAAAUGAAAUAAUUUCUUUGUUACAUGAAAUUAUAAACAUUUUUAUGGGUUGAUAUGUUA